AAGAGGACAACACGCCGCGGAGGAACAAUGAGGAGUCGAGGGAGCAGGAAGAGGAUACCGAUGAAGCGGACGAGGAGUUUACAGAGACUUACGACUACAUCGAGGAAAUUGCAUGUUUGGAACGGAAGACGUCGUCGAGGUCGACGCCUCAAGUGAUUGAGCCCAGCGACGACGAAGGGGAAAUGGAGGACGAGGAGGAGGUCGAAACGAAGGAAAUGGAUGGGACGAUUUCUGUGAAGAGCGAGGAUGAGGAGGGAAGUAGGAUAAAGAAAUUCAUCGUGUCUUACGAGACCAAACUGCUGAAAUCGCCGAGUCCAGCACCGUCGCACGGUAGUUUCGAAGCAGAUCUGAAACUGUCGCCAAAAGACCAAGUAAUACAGGAAUUGCAGCAAAGAAUACACAAGAAAGGCCGAAAGCACUCGCAGGAACUCUGGCCCCAGGCUAAGCAGCUCGAACUCACGCGUGGCCGUAGAUGGAGAUGCCCGAAUGAUUUCUUCAACGACGAAAUGAUCGCGGAAGUGUUAUCCUCGCAGGCGGAAGUUAUUCGCGGCAGAGCGUUGGGGGUGAACUUCAAGAAGUACGAGAAGACGAACCUGCCGAAUUUUGACCACCUGAUGAACUCGAGCGUUUACAAGAUGAUUCAUAAAAUGGAGCGAGAACCAAAGAGGGGCAUACCCGCCAGACCCGCUAAGGUCAACGCAGCGGAGGACAUAAUGGAGAGAGUCAAAUCACCGGCAUUGAGCGUUGUAGAUGACAGAAGCACUCGGAGUAUCAGUCACUAAACAAUCGCAAUCAUAUAGAAGAUCACAAUGUGUAUAAUGUCAUAGUUAUACAUGAAAUCUAUGUGCCUGAAUACGAUAUAGGAGAACACAAUUGUACCCGGUGUACCGAUUGCGCCCGAAAAAUAUUGUCGCACGAUCAUCGAAAUUGUGGUUGUAAAAUAUCUGCAAGCACUAUGUGCGUGUAUGUGUGUACGUCGAAAUUGCGCGCAUCAAUAAAAUACUCCUUAUA